AUGUCUCAGGACGGGCCGAGAAUAGAGCAGCCGGUGGCUCACGGGGCAACUGUCUAUUAUAUUGUUGAGUCUCUUGAAACGAUGGAGAAACGGGUAAAUGAGCUAGGUGGAAACGUUAUUCAGGCGAAGACGACUGAGAGCUCGUAUGGUUCGCUUAUGAAGUUCUGUGAUCCGGAGGGGAACAAGUUUGGUUGUUAUGAGGUGCGCCGUUAUGCCUAA